AGUCAAAGGUGUAAUUAAGAAAAAGUGUAAACGUUAGAUUGAAAUUGCUUGUAAUUUUCGCGCGUACAGUGGGCUAAGUGCUAUCUUAGGUGACCACGCAGUAAGAAAUCGAUUGCCAUAUGACUUCCGUUUUUGACAUUUCAAAAGGUUUUGCUUGCUUAGAGAGCUACGAGUAUGUGACGCUCCAACUUUUUCUCCGAUAACUAUUUCCGAAGCAUUAUCUUCAAGCAUAAGCUUUAUUUUUCGUAGAAUUUGCUUUACCUUAUGCCUAGCGCAUAUUGGAAGAUUGUUAUCGAUUGUUUCAGCCAUCAUUAAACCUUCCCUACUUCGUCAGUUAUUAAGCGCGGAGAAAAAUAAACCUCAUUCAGCUCAGCGUAGGAUCGCCUGAACCCUCUCUCGCUCUCUGUGCCUCUUUGUACGGACGACUCUGUUUUUAGAAUAAGCUCUCAGCUCUGGCGUAGUCACACUGCUAUAACUGUGAAGCCUCUCUUCCCAAUAAACGGUAUUCUACAAGAACUCUGUCAGUUUCGCUUCAGUUUAAUUUUAACUGCAGUUUGCGCUGUAUUUUCACAAAUAUUUCGUACCACGUUUAAACGCGCAAAAUUUGUUAGAAAAAUGCGUACACGCCUCUUAUACUGUCAGCUCGUCCUACUUUUGACUGUGUUGCUGAGUAGGUGCAACGCCUUCCAACGCCACACGUCAACUGUUCAUGGAAAGAUCUUAUGCCUCUUUGCGACGUACAAUUUGGACGCAUUUCGCUAUCACCUACGCUUGGCGGACUUUCUCGCGAGGUAUCACGAUGUGACGGUCGUUGGUGUCUUGCCGAUACCCUCGCCCUAUCAAUAUUCCAAUUUCAAAUACGUACGCUUGGCCAACACCGAGUCCUCGCCUGAAGCACACGAUCCCUCGUAUCGGUUUAUGAAAUUGUACUAUCAAUGGCAGCAGUUUGCCGAACUGGGCAGAUAUUAUAUAGGGCUUUUGGACGCACAUCCACCAGGCACAUUCAAUUUGGUCAUUGUGGCGUAUUACUUCAAUCUCGGACACUUGAUGCUUGCCGGCUGCUUUAAAGCGCCCAUUAUAUUGAGCACCGAAACGCCUCCCUCGUUCAUAACCAAUUGGGAGGUGGGUAAUCCGCGCGAGGAAGGCUACUUGACAUCCGAAUUCGCCGAAAGCCGUUUAAUAUCGAAUUCAUAUCUGAGACGUUUAAUAAAUAUGAUUAUCGAUAAGUUCAUUGAGGGGUUAUUUGGCGUCGCACACGAAAUUUUCCACCGCCUACACAGUAAUUCAAACUUACACUUCAAUUGCCAGAAUAUCAGAAUGGACGAUGUGCGUCGCAAUAUUUCGUUGGUCUUCACCAAUAAUCAUUUCUCGCAGGGGCCCAUACGCCCGAAUGUGCCGACGAUGGUGGAGAUUGGUGGCGUACAAAUACCGGAACGUCGCAUUCCUUUGCCGCAACACAUAGCCGAUCAUAUAAACAAAGCCGUACAUGGUGUUAUUUAUAUCAAUCUCGGUAAGGGUGCCAAUUGCACUAACUUGCCCAGAGAGCUGCUCGAUUCAUUGCACGACGUGCUCGUCGAAUCACAACGCUACGUACUAUGGCGUUGGGCGGAUUGUGGCAAGCCGCGAGAGGACUCGAAAAUACUUUACACGCGCUGGAUGCCGCAGAACGAUAUUUUAGCGCAGAAGAAAGUAAAGCUCUUCAUAACACACGGCAGUAUGAGCAGCUUAGGUGAGGGCCAAUAUCAUGCUGUGCCCAUGCUGGGCGUGACCUACUCGAGUGAACUAGUAGGUAACGUCAAGUUCCUAGCACAAUUCAAGCUCGCAGAACGCAUUGACGCCUACAAGACAAAUAAGGAUGAAAUUCGAAGCAAGCUCUUUAACAUGCUCAACGAUCAGUCAUAUCAGGAGCGUGCGGCGCUUUACUCGCUCCUAUAUCGCGAUCGCCAAUUGACGCCGCGCGAAACAGUACUCUAUUGGGUGAACUAUGUGCUGCGCUAUGGAGGCACGCCACAUAUGCGUUCGCCGGCCGCCGAAAUGACGCAACUACAAAUGCUCGGACUCGAUUUGAUUGUUUUUACUUUUUCUACCAUAUUCCUGAUGUGGAAGUUUCGCGGUUUCUUAUGGAAUUGCCUAACCGGUCGCAUGUUCGGCAAUAUUCGCAAAUUUCUGCGUAGAUAUCUUUUUGGAAAGGAUUACGAGAUAGUGAUAGAAAAAUAUUCAAACAUACGUUACGAUGAAGCUGUGGUGGAUGCGGCGCGUGAAUGUCAAAUACGCCCUCAGACUGUUAAAGAUCCGGAUGCGCCGAGAGUGGUGCCCGUGAAAACGGCACGUCAGCGAAAAUUCGCCGGACGACGCAAACGCUAGACAACACGGACGAUAGUAACACUACUACACACUUAUACAGUUACACGAAAGAGUAGUAGGUCUUGACAAAUGGACUUGACGCACCAAAAUUGAACUCGAAGCAUGCGUGGGGUCGCUGAUGGUGCACAAUGACGGACGAAAAAACGAAUAUUAAGUGUUCUAUAAGUAAGGCAGUCAAUUGAUCAUUAAGGCUAAGCACAUAGCGGUAUGGAGUGCUGAGUAACGAAAAAAAUUUAUGAACAGAAGGGUAUAUUUGACAACAUUUGUUGUGCGGCCUCGCCCUUUCAGUUUUCUUUACUUUGUUUAGGCUUCAAUGUGUGCUUAGCCUUAGACAGUUAUAAAAAGAGUUUAGCUUAGACGCAAAACCGUAAAAAAAUAUUAUUGUGUGCAUAAAAUUUUAAACAAAAAUUGUAUAUUUUCAACCAAAGCAACAAAAUAAGUUUAAAAAAAUAUUUAAAUUUAAUAUUUAUUUUUAGCGUUGUUUGUGUUGUUUUUAUGUGAAAAAAGUGUAUAAAAUGUGUUUAUUAUUGUAUAAAAAAUUAAAAAGAAAUGUUUUU